AUGGCCAUCGUGGUGCGGAAGAGCAGGUCGUCGUGGAGUGACAGUCUGCAGCCCUUGGUGUGGAUUCGCGAGGAUGACGAGACGAUAAAGACUAAGAUUCUAUCAGCUGUGACGCCGCAGCGGCUGCUGAAGACGGGCUAUUUGCUCAUAGAUGCGGAUUGGGAUCUUGAUUUUACCGCCAUGGUCAAGGCGCACGAACUUGUUGGACAGGACAGGUUAAAGUUUGAUGACUUUAAGACUGCCGUACUUGUUCACGGGGGUGGGGCGGAUGGUAUGGAUUGGUUGGUUUGGAAGGUUGAGGAGGAAAAGAGUGAUGCUAGUUCUUCAGAAGAAAAGCUUUCGGAUUCCCAGCGUGAUAAGAUUGUCAUGUUCCAAGAGAAACUGGCGGCAAUGGGGAAGGAGGAUUUGUUUUUCCGUUGGGUGGAAUUGAUUCAAUAUGAAAGUACGCAGCCCGGCGGGUUUACUCCGGAAAGACAGCGGAAAGCUAUGCAGGAGACGAAACAGUUGUUUGAGGAGCAAGGGGUGGAUUUUGAGAAAUUUUGGGCUGAUAGCGAGGGUAAAAAAAGGGCGGGCCGCCUGGCUGGGCUGGCUGGCUCUCUCUCUGGCUGGCUCUGGCUGGCACUGAGGCAAAACUGGGCGAGACCAGGCCAAGGAGGCAAAGAGAGGGGGAAAUCUGCUGGGAAACAAACCAGUCGUACCAGCCGUACUGUCAUUUAA